UGGAAGGAAGGUAAAAAGGUAAGAAGGUGUACGAUACGAGAAGAGGAUCGCGUGGUGGGACCAAACGAAGCUAGGUGGUCAACUCCCGGUUACUUUGAAAGGCAGUAAUCAAGUAGCCUGCAACAUGACGCGAUCAGGACCACCCUUGGCCUCGUGCUCCUGCUGCUACCACCGCUCGUCAGAAAAAAAUAUAACUCAAAGUGCUCCGACUAACAAGUACAAAUCGUCGAAGAAGUUUCUGAACCACGCUACAGUCGUUGCUUUUAUCGUCAUCUCGUUAUCAAAUUUACAGCAACCAUGCGAGGCAGCUUUCUACGGAAAAUCGCUCGGGAAGCUUACGGAAUAUCAUCACGGAGUUUCCGGUGAGGUGUUCGCUGUCGAUGCAAGAACUCUUUACAUCAAAGAUCUCACAUACGACGGUGAAGGGCCAGCCGCUUAUUUCUACGCCGGGAAUUCGAAAGCACCGAUUAUAAAUGGAUUCAGAGUACCGGACGAGAAAGGAAGAACUGGACUUCUAAGAAAAUACAGAAAAGAGGAUAUUACUUUAACAUUGCCGGAGGGAAAAACGCUCAACAAUAUAAGAUGGUUCUCGCUCUGGUGCGACGAUUUUUCUGUGAACUUCGGAGACGUUAAGAUACCUCGUGGAUUCGAUUAUCCAAGGCCUCAAAAACUGGGAACGCUAAGUGGCAUUCACGGUGUCAGUUCGGAACCAAUUGUUGUAGUCGACGCUCAAACCCUUCUCAUCCCCGGUUUCAGUUACGACGGAGAAGCGCCUGAUGCCAAAUUUUGGGCGGGUCCUGGUCCUAGUCCGACACCACAGGGUAUAAAAAUUCCCGAUGAAAAUGGAAAAACGGCACCCCUUCGCAGAUACGUUCAAAAAACAAUCGUUCUAACGUUACCUGGAGAUCUGACGGUCCACCAGCUCGGACAUUUCGGAGUCUGGUGCGAAGCUUUUACCGUUGAUUUUGGCCACGUCAAAAUUCCACAGAAUUUGAACGUACCCCCUUCAUUGAAAAUGCUAGGAGUUUCACCACAGUCAAAAUUGAACUGCGAAAUCCUUCAAGAUGACUUGGCCUUCGAAGUGAGAUGGGCAGUAGCCGGAGACAGUGUUGUUUUUCAACUCGUUGCAAAACUCGACGACGGUCAGUACAUGUCAUUCGGUCUCUCACCCGACCCUAAAAAGACCGUAAUGAUCGGCGGUGACGUCGUCGUUGCUUGGGUCGACAAACAGACACUCCAAGGAUACGCCGUCGACUACUUUUUGGAUGCCAAAUCUCAAUGUUCAGGUCGAAGAGGCAGCUGCCCUGACGUACGCAUACAGGACGACACAAACUCCGUCAGCCUUUUAAACGCGGCUAUGGUGAACGGCUACAGUAUAGUGACCUACCAACGUCCUCUGAAGGCCUCAGAUGAGCUGGACGUUUCCAUAACAACGAACGGUAGCCAGGCGAUAAUAUGGGCCAUCGGACCUUUGAAUGAAAGAAAAGAAGUCAGUUUUCACAGCGAAUAUCUAAAAAAAGAUCAAUUCAUUGAAUUCGGUCGACCGCCUCGCUGGAAUUGCCCAAUGCCAGAUACUCUGGAUAAUGAAAAGGUCCUUGUGAACAAAGACAAGGACAGCACUUCUCAGCAAACCGCAAUCACCACCCGAAGACCUUCUCAUGGGCCCGCAACUCCCGCACCAGCAUCGAAGAAAGGAGCUUGGGUGAUCCCGCCUAUUCAGUGCGAUGAGCCUGAAGAUGGUGUUUUUUAUGCCCAGAUGGGACCAACAGGUGGAAAACACGGAUACUCGGCAAUCACAGGACACGUCGGCUGGGGGGUUUCGUGGUACAUAAACGGUCUUUUGAUUCCUGAAAUCAACGUGGUAAGAGGAAAAAAAUACAGUUUCAUUGUUGAGGCUGGCUCGGAUUCCGAAGUACCGGCGAGGUACCAUCCCUUCUACAUUACGGACGAUUCCGUCGGUGGAUACCAGCAUAAAACUCCAGAAGAAAAGGCGAACGUAACAAUAUACGCCGGAGUAGAACGAAUACGUGGAAAAACAAAGUUGACGGGUGUAGGGAGGUUCUGUUACUGGACACCAGACCAGAAUGUCGAUUCCGACGACUUUUCAUCGUUCGGAGCUUACCAGAGAACCUUGACGUUGAAAUGUGACGCAGGCGAAGAUCCUGGAGUCGUUCACUGGACUCCCGAUAAAAAUACACCUGACACUGUUUAUUAUCAGUGCUACACUCAUCGUUAUCUCGGCUGGAAGAUCAACGUUCACGAUGACUGUGACAUCUCGCCCGAAGGAGCGGCCAGCGAAGUUCGUGAGGUUUACGCUAAGGCUCCCGAAGCAUUGGAUGAAUUUUCUGACUUGGAUUCAGAAAGUUCGGGAAGCGUCAGAGUGUCUAGCAAGCUAAAUACCAUCGAGUCAAAGAUGUCUCAGACCGACGUACAGCAGCAGACACCAAAACCAACUGUACCAACAGACCCGGCAAGAAAUACAGGAUUCAAGCCAGAGUCAGUAGUUGUCGAGGGUGGAUUUAAACCAAUCAUCAGGAUUACCGACGUUACAAAAUUCGCGGAAGACAGACGGUUCGAGGGUGGAUCAUCGGAAAUGGAUGACGAUAUCCCUGAAAACGGUAAAGAGUAUCGUCCAUUGGAUAGUUUCGAACCAAUGUUCGUUCCUUCUCCUCCAGACCGAAACCAGAGCAAGAAGAGGAAUCAAAUGAUGAGGAAAAAAGCUCAGUUAUUAAUAAACAAGCAAAGAUUAAACGACGAAUCGACGGACAUGGAAACAGCAGCUGACCGAUUAGAAGCUUAUUACUUGCCAGCUGUACCUGCUGGCGCUGUGGAGAAUCCUGCAGGAUUGAAACCCACGAGACUCAACAAAGAAGUGAACGAAGGUCGGUUGGUUACAGCAGACGGUACUCAAGUUCAAGAUCAAAAUUUAGCUCGAUCGAUCCCUCGAGUUUCGUCAGAACGUUUAAGAAGCAGGAUUUCAUCCGAUGCUUUGAGCAGAACGCCUCAGUUUGGACAAUUCAGAGGUGAAUUACCACCGCCCAUUCCCGGAGAUUUGAGAACCGACAAUAUACCGCAAUUACAGCAACAAAAUUUCAGAAAAAUUUCCACAAGUUCAUCGGGAUCCUUGUACAAAGACAGAAACAAUAAUCAUGCGGGAUCCACAAGACUAACUGUUGUUCAAAGAUCGAGAAGAUCGGCGCAUCACGUUCCUGGACACGAUGAUUCUAGUGACGGAAUGAAUAAUACCGAGAGCGUUGUAACUCACGCGCAAGUUACUCCUACUAUAAAUCAAAAAAAUAAUCAUGAUAUCCCGGGGGAGCAUGAUCACCAUGAUCAUUCACAGCACGAUCAUUCGAAACAUAUACAUCACAACGAAAAUGGCGACACCGAAUCGCCCAGUGCGGGGGAAUUGAUCAUGGCAAAUAUCAAAUGGAUUAUUCUUACCGUCAUUUUAUACUUUGUCAUAUAAUCUAUUAACUAUUUCGGGUGGGGAAACGAACGCCUCCAUUACUUCAUCGUGUCAAUAAUAAUCAGCAAUCUGUUAUCAAUAGCCCGAUAAUUAAAUAUGGUUCUGAUUAAAGUGCUUUAAUAUAGUAAUAAUAUUCAUGAUGAUGAUUAUAAUAAUGACAUAAUAAUAUUAAUUAUAACAGUAAUAAUAUUUUAAUUAUAAACUUCACAUUGUUUUAGGCGACACGGAUGGGCGCGCGUUAACGUAGGAGCCUCUAUUCUUACUAAUCAAUUAUUAGAUACAUCGAUCUUUACCGUUACUUCACCAAUAAGUAUUGCAAUUGAGAACUUAAUAAUCAUGUAAUUCCAUUAAAAUCACCCACCGGGGUCGUUCUCACCUAAGUAGUUGAAAAAAUGAAGAAAUUAUCACGACUUCGACCCCCAGACAGUUUUUUUCUUAUUUUGUUCAUUUAUAUACGCAUGAAGAUACAUGUAAUUACAUAAAUUUACAUAAAUGAUUAGGGAUUCAUAAUGAAAUAUAGAUACAUAUACGAUAGUAUAUUCAUAUUACUGAUAUCGAUAAAUUUGUAUUAUUAAUUAGAAAUUGUUAAGUUUGCAGAAAUAGUUUGUAAAUAUAUACCUAAUUAAUAUAAUAGAAUUGCCGACUGUUUUAAUAAAUUUCAAGAAAUGAUCCUCA